CCUUUUCCCUUGUUGGAUGUCUGAAGGCAAGAUGGGUCACCAGCAGCUCUACUGGAGUCACCCACGGAAGUUCAGCCAGGGUUCCUGCUCCAGCCACGUCUGCUCCAACCACCACAGUCUGAUCCACAAAUACGGGCUGAACAUGAGCCACCAGUGUUUCCAUCAGUACUCGAAGGACAUGGGCUUCAUUAAGUUGGACUGAGCGACCUUGAAUGGAUUGUUCGACUGACUACCAAGUGGAACUGA